AUGAAAAAUAAACCUGUCCCUAAGGGUUUUAAGAUUUUUUCUCUUUAUGAAUCCAGCUACACUUACACUUUCCUACCAACAUCAUGUGUUGCUGAAAAUGAUGUACCUAAAGUGAAUGGUCUUAGCAAAGUUGGUGUUCCUCUCUUUCAGUAUCUUCAACAAAUAGGUAUUGGAGUUUGCAGAACUAUUCAAAAAACAACAUCCAGAUUUCCAAAAGCAUUAAAAGUUGACAAAAAUAUCAAAUUGAAUUGGGAUAUUCAUUCUGGAGUUAAAAUAAAUAAUACAUUGAUGAUUUUCUGGCAAGACAAUGGAUCAGUUACAAUGUUAUCUACAAUUUACAGUCUUGUGGAUGAAGAAUGGGAAGUUGAACAAGAAUGA